AUGGCAUCACUCUACGAUCCAUCAAAUCUCUACAUUUUCCACAUAAUCAGCACCCCCAAAUCGCCCCUCGACGCAUUUCUCUUCCUCUUCUCCAUCAUCAUAAUCUACCAAAUCCUCUCAUCCCUCGGUCCAAAUCCGAUACGAGAAAAAAGCUGGCCGUUCCUCUUCCUUCUGAUCCCGCUUUUGGUAUUUUUUGGCCGUCCUCUCCAGAUUUUUUCUCCUAUAACAUAUAGCAAGGAGGUCGCUUCAAGUUAUGAAGGAUGUGUUGAAGAUCCUUUAUCAACGUUGCCCGUUGUCCAGGGAGACUCCGAGGGCAGGCAUCUCGAAGAGGAGAGGAAGAAGGAAACAGGAGGAGGGAAUAAAUCCAAAGGAUAG